GGAGCUGUGUACUGUACUGGGCCUGUCCCAUUGGGUCCCCCUUUUAAUGGUUUCUGAUGUUGUGUCUUUCUGCCAGGUGUGGAGUUCGGGGCUCGGAUGAUCAACAUUGACAGCAAACAGAUCAAGCUGCAGAUCUGGGACACGGCUGGGCAGGAGUCUUUCCGUUCUAUUACCCGCUCCUACUACCGUGGUGCAGCUGGAGCGCUGCUGGUCUAUGACAUCACCAGGCGGGAGACCUUUAACCACCUGACCUCGUGGCUGGAGGACGCUCGGCAACAUUCCAGCUCCAACAUGGUCAUCAUGCUUAUCGGCAACAAGAGGCCUUCAUUGACACAGCCAAGGAAAUCUACAGGAAGAUCCAGCAGGGGCUCUUUGACGUCAACAACGAGGCGAAUGGCAUCAAGAUCGGGCCCCAGCAGCCAUCGGGGGCAGCUCCUGGCGCCGGCUCUCGCCACAGCCCCCAGGGCUCAGGAGACAGCUCGGGCUGCUGUUGAGCCCCGCGUUGAUGCCAGUGCCCCUGGAGUGGGGGGGUCACCCUCUGCUCCCCUGGGGCUGAGACCAGCCCGCCCCAGUCCCGGGUGGGGAAGGUGGCUCCCUGGCUGAGCUGUGGAGGUGGGAGGGGGCUCAUGACUCCUGUCCCAACCCCAUGGAGGGGAACAGGUGUCCCCUGACGCACACCUGGGGGGUGGUUAAAGACCCUGCCCAUGGUUUCACACCCCCCAAACAUUCCUUCUUGUAACUUGGGGGGGGAGGGCAGAGCCUGGUCUGGAGUCUCCCCGCAUCAGUGCCUUCUCGCUUCAGCUGCAUCUCUUGUUGCCCGGGCCCUGGUGAGGCCCCCGCUUCCCUGGGGCUUGUGAGACCCAACUGGGGGCCCCCCACCCUGUUUGUGUGUUCCUGGCCAGGUGCCCAGCCCCCACUCCUCAGCCUGUGUCGGCUUUUAUCGUGUACUCCCUCUCUGUGGCUCGUCUUAUUAAACAUGUGCAUGUCUGUAACCCA